GUGUUUGAACGUACAGCGCGGAAACGGAAUAGCAAUUGUGUGUUGCUGUUAGCUAAAGUCAACAGCGUACAUUUAACUCGACUAAAUGUCUUAUUCCACACUGGAUUAGGGAUGUUUUAUUCUGAUUUUAAGGACAGCACAUUGAUUUAACGUCUUUGGAUAGAGGUGACAGCAAGAUGCCUAUCAGAGCAUAUUGCACAAUCUGUUCCGACUUCUUCGAUCACUCCAAGGAUGUUGCUGCUAUCCACUGCGGACACACUUUCCACUAUGAAUGUCUCCUCCAGUGGUUUCAGUCAGCCCCUACAAAAACCUGUCCUCAAUGUCGAAAACAGGUCAGCACCAGACACAUCAUCAACAAGCUCUUCUUUGACGUUGGUGGGGAGGAGGGGGGCGGCUCGGUGGACCCCGAAAGUUUGCAGAAUGAACUUGAUCAAAUGAAGGUGCUUAUAAGCUCUAAAGAGCGAGACUGGCGGGACAGACAGAAGGUUUUGGACGGUUUGAAGGACACUGUGGACAAGCAGAACAGAGACCUGGACAGCGUACGGAAAGAGAUUAUGGAAAAGGAGAUGCUCUGCUGUACCCUCAGAAAACAGAUGACGUACCUGGAGACACAACACAACGAAACUCAGGCUUUAAAGGAGGAAGCCCGCAAACUCAGGACCAGAAUGAAAACCUAUGAAAGCUUGGACGUGUUGCUGCAGGGUCAGAGGUCAGAGGUGGAGUCCAUGAUCACAGAUAUGGGGGUCAGCCAGGCGGCGGUGGAGCAGCUCUCCAUCUACUGCAUCUCGCUCAAAAAAGAGUAUGAUAAUCUGAAAGGAGGCCUGAAGUCUUCAAACGACAUGUGUGAGAAGCUGAAGAGGGAAGUGCUCUCCUCAAACCACAAGUUACAAAAGUCCACCAUGGAGGUGAAUAAGACAAACGAGGACAUGAAGUCUCUGCAGAACGAUCUGGCCAGUGCUGACAAGGAGAUCUCUGUGUAA